GCAGCAGAACGUCAUUAAACGAUGCCCAGGUCAAAGACCAGGUACAUGGGUGUACGUAUACGACAAUUACCGUUACCAUGAGGAUGGACGCAGUUUACGAACGACAACUUAUCGAUGUGCUACUCGAUCGGGAACUGAUUGUCCAGCAAUAUUAUAUAACACGAUGAUGGUACGGUGAAAAGUGAAGGUGUGCAUAGCGAUGCAGUAGAUUUCACAGUCAUCAAAAACCUACAACUGAAAGCCGAUUUGGCGGAGGUCAUAAAACGGGACGAUAUUACUCUGGACGAGGUAACUACAGAUUUUAUUGAAAGAAAUUCAGAUUUCAAAUCACCGUUCGCGGUAAAGCAGAUGAUUCGGAGAGCGAGACCAAGUAAUGAAAUUCUUCAAACACUCGAGGAAAUUGGAGUUAGCAUGGAAAAUGCACGAGGAGGUCGAGCCAUUUUUAAGGGACUAAUAGCAGCUGGAACACAACAGGCCUUAAUAUUUUCCACAGACCCAAUGAUGAAUUCGCUCAACACAGCAGAAAAAAUAGUGAUCAGUCGAGUAGCAAAUGUAUUACCCGAUUUUGUUGACGAUGAGAUGUGGAUGAUACGCGUGGCGUUCAUCAAUGACAAAUCAAUUAUUUUUACAUUUGGAGCAGUAUUUAUUUAUACCCGGGAACGAUCCGAUGAGUUGUAUGAAAAGGCGUUGACUUAUAUCACUGCAUUGACUCCGGGAAUAAACAACGUCAAGUCAGUGAUAACCACAGGAGAUAGUGCUACUUACCAUGAAAGCUGUUCGUGCUGUUCUCCACCAAGCUACAAUUAGUAUAUCUUGGCUCGACUUUGUACAGAUAAUGGUGGAAGCUGUGGCAAAAAGGUUUUUUAAUCCAUAGAGCGUAUGCGAGUUAUGGAAUAGUUUUAACAUGGAAAAUCCACCCCUUGACAUUGUUCAUUACUGUUGGAUGCUGACUUUCUGUGUCACCAAAAAAGACAUUGACGAAGGACUAACCCAUAUUACAAGCCUGGUUGACGAAAAUAUUGCAAGCCAUCCAAAUCUGCCCGUUUUUCUCUCGCUUUUCAAAAAUCAGUGGCAGCAUCGAAUGGAUCACAUUACCCCACCAUCAGAAGCUUCCAUCUGGAGUGAAAGAUCCGAAGCCCUUGGUCGAUUUGUUGUAGCUCAAAUGCAAAAAAAUAACACUCUGCAGAAAUUUAUUGAUUCAGUCCAUGUACUGGGAAACUACGAAUUAACGAGAAUGAAUGCAUUCGUCAACAGUGAUACAAAGGCGCGUAGGGAUCGAGUAUUCCCUCUGAUGGUUAAUUAUGAUCAAAAGCAACUCCAAAAAUAUCUGCAGCUACGCUUAACUAAUAAGAUCUCAAUUGCAGAGCUGUUUCGUAUGACCAUUCGACCUGCAUUAUUGAGCAGACUGGAUAUCAUGAUACCAGGCAAAUCCCAUACUCCACAUGUCCUUUUUGAGGUGAAUGAUAUUCGAUCACCAUCAAUCUGUGUUUCUGAGACGACCUAUCCACCAAAGCUUACUUUUUCUGGACUGAAAAAACGACCUGCCGAAGGACAUGGCUCAGUACCACCAACCAGCACUGUAUGUGAAAAAACCGGAGUGGAGGGUCACGUAUCCAAGUAUUUUAUGAAAACGUCAAUAACGUCAAUCACAAUUAGCUCCAACCAACACACUUCAUCACAGGUUGGGCUAGCAUAUGCAGAGCACGCAGUCGAUUAAAUCACUAUAUGAUAAUUUCGAACCGUUAUUCGAUAUUAGUCCUAAAGAAUCUGACGAA